AUGUUCACACAUCGGGCGGUAUCUGGAUCACUGGGACAUCCUCGAUGGGGUGUCUGGAAUGCAGCCAGCAAUAGCCUUAUUUACCAAGGGAUGCGUUCGGUUUCCCAUUUGACACAUCAUCCAAGGACCCGAUCAAACGGUCUGACUGGACACAAGCUUUCGAAUCAUCUUUCAUCGGCGCGACGGUUCAGCCAAAGCCCGAAGCAAUAUGCCAAUGGGCCCUCGCCUCCUCGAGGAGGAUUCCCGCUGGGAAACAUAUUCGGACAACAGCCGGAAAGAAAAGCCGGCGAUGCUCUCAAAGAAUUCGGCAUUGAUUUGACCGAGAAGGCUAAAAAGGGCGAACUAGAUCCAUGUAUCGGUCGGACUGAGGAAAUCAAAAGGUCGAUCCAGAUCUUGUCUCGCAGGACAAAGUCCAAUCCUAUCCUCAUUGGCCCAGCAGGAGUCGGGAAAACCGCGAUCAUGGAAGGCCUGGCUCAACGUAUAUUGAACAAAGAAGUACCUGAAAGCAUCCAGGGAAAGCGAGUAAUCUCAAUUGAUCUUGCAACGUUGGUCUCUGGGACUGCGCUUCGGGGUGCUUUCGAGGAAAAGUUUAAAGCUCUGCUGGCAGAUAUCGAGGCCCAAGAGGGAAAAGUUAUCGUAUUUAUUGACGAGAUUCAUACCCUGCUGAACCUCGGCAAGGCAGAGGGCUCAAUUGAUGCGGCCAACAUGAUUAAGCCAGCGUUGGCUCGGGGCUUGCAGUUGGCCGGUAGUACUACCCUGGACGAAUAUCGCAAGAUAGAGAAAGAUCCUGCUCUUGCGAGGAGGUUUCAGUCUGUCCUGGUCAACGAACCCAGCGUAAACGAAACAAUCAGUAUCCUGAGAGGUCUCAAACCCAGAUACGAGGUGCAUCAUGGUGUGAGUAUCUCUGACGGCGCUCUGGUAACAGCAGCCGCAUACUCAAAUAGGUAUAUCUCAGAGCGCUUCUUACCUGACAAGGCUAUUGAUUUGGUGGACGAAGCCGCCUCUUCGCUGAGAUUAUUACAGGAAAGCAAGCCCGACCAGCUCGAAAGCCUUGAACGCCAGAUCACGACCCUGCAGAUAGAGCUCGAAUCCUUAAAGAACGACAAGGAUGAAUACUCUCAGAACCGGAUCACCAAGAUCAAGCAAGAGAUAUCCAAUUGUGAGACAGAAGCUACGGCUCUCAAUGAAAAAUGGAGAAACGAGAAGCAGAAGCUCGACGAAGUCAAGAAUCUCAAAGUCAGGCUUCAAGAUGCUACGAUGGAAUUGGUUGAAGCUCAGAGGGCUCAAAAUUACCAACGGGCUUCAGAAUUAGCUUUUGGCGUCAUUCCCGAGUUAGAGCGAAGCAUCAAGGAAGCAGAAAAGAUGGAAGAUGAGGACGAUAAGGAACUUUCUGAUGCCACUCUCUUGGUCUCCAACCGAGUCACCUCCAAUGACAUUGCACGGGUGGUAGCCAAGAUGACCGGAAUCCCUGUCAGCAACCUGAUCAAGGGCGAACGCGAAAGGCUUCUUAGCAUGGAAUCUGAGUUACGCAAGAGGGUCGUCGGGCAAGACGAAGCCCUUGCAAGGAUCGCUGAUUCUGUUCGACUCACUCGCGCUGGACUCAACCCUCCUACUCGUCCGAUCGCCAGCUUUCUGUUUUUGGGCCCCACGGGAGUUGGGAAGACGGAGCUUUGUAAAACACUGGCGGGCUUCCUGUUUGAUACUCCAAAGUCUCUCAUCCAAAUCAAUAUGUCAGAAUACUCGGAAAAGCAUACAGUAUCUCGCUUAAUCGGAGCAGCUCCCGGCUACGUAGGCUAUGAGGACGCCGGUCAAUUAACCGAGCAAGUGCGGAGAAAGCCGUUCAGUUUAGUGUUGUUGGACGAGUUCGAAAAGGCGCACAAGGAAGUGGCAAACAUUCUGCUUCAGAUUUUGGAUGAAGGCACCUUGACAGACUCACAAGGACGAAAGGUGGAUUUCCGCAACACGAUCAUAGUCCUCACCUCGAACCUUGGGGCGUCAAUCCUCAACCAAUCCGGUGCAAUAGACCGCAAGACUGGACAGGUGACCGAGGCGACGAAGGCGGCCGUCAAAAAAGUGGUCGAAGCGUCCUACCCACCCGAGCUGAUCAAUCGUCUGGAUGAGCUUGUCGUUUUCAACUCCUUGGCCAAGGAGUCCGUCCGCCAGAUCGUCGAUAUCCGGCUACACGAGCUCCAGGCGAUCCUCUCCGACCGACACAUCACGCUAGAAGUGGCCGAUAAGGCUAAGACUUGGCUGGCUGACCAGGGCUACGAUAGCAUCUAUGGCGCGCGUGCGCUGAACAGGACAUUGGCCAAAGAACUACGACAGCCGUUGGCCGCUGCCCUAUUGGAUGGCACGAUUCGUGACAUGGACCUCGUUAAAAUAGAUCUAGCAUCCUCAGGCAAUCAGCUCCAAAUCCCCCAACUCCAUCCAGCAUAUGCUUCGAAAGAUUCCCAUUCCGGUCAUACCACAAAGGAUAAUAAUGAUCAACCUCCAAGAAAAGAGUUGAAAGUGGUUUCCGAGUAA